CGCUCCGCUCCCGGGCCCCCCGCACCGCACCGCAGCGCUGCCGCCCCAGCCCCAUGCUGCGCUCCCUGCUCGCCGGCUGCCUCUGCCCGCAGGCAGGUAAGAAGAGCCCACCUGCUGAGGACAAAGUUGUGUUAACACAUAUGAAGAUACUGAGCAAUGAAGGAAUUCAAAACCCAGGGUUAAUCCUAGAAGCCCCAGCUGACACAGCUUGCACAGAAGAGUCCCAUCUCCCUGGCGCCAGCCUCCCAUCAGACUGCCAGGGAAAUCCAAAUGCAGCAGCUGCACCAGCAGAUCCAGAAUGUGCAGAUGCCCUGGCAAGCACAGACUAUGUAGCCACACUGCCCGACCUCAGCGCUUUCGAGUCCAAGUGCCGACUUCACAGAUUCUCCAAAUUUGAAUCUGAGGACUCGGGCGUUGAAUUGCCAAGCGGGGCUAAUUCUCCAUCAACCCCAACGGGUUCUGAGAAGAGCUUUGUGCUUCACAGCAGAGACUCAUUUUGUGACUCAGGUGUGCUUAGCACCUCUUCUUCUCCAGAAAUCGACCAUCUCAUAAUGAGAACAUGUAAAGAGCACACCAGAAAAGUCAGCCACCAACAUCCAGAGAGCGAAAACCAAGCUGAGUACUACAGCCAGGAUGCAGAUACUGUGCAGGGUCCUACAGCUUCCCUUGAAGACUUCAGUGUCCCUCAGGAAGGAAGUCCCGAUGAACAUUUUGACCAAAGCAAAAAGCGGUCCCUGGAAAAGGAACCUACACCAGAGAUGGACCUUCCCAGGGAAAGCAUUCUUUCCACCCCAGCUCCCAUUGAAGAGCCAAAGACAAUUGCUGACCAUUUCCCAGAUAACUUUGGCAGCAUGCAAGACCUUCAGAUCCAUGGGCAUCAGCUGAAGAAAUACCCCACGAGUGACAGUCUAGAUGAAUACAUGGAUGAAUGCUGUAGACUGAGUGAGGUGAACCGAGGUAACAGCAAAGCCCUGGGAUCUGGUUUGGGAUACCUGGAACACAUUUGCCAACUGAUUGAGAAGAUCGGGCAGCUCCAGGAGCACAACCUGCGUCUCCAAAAGCAAGUGUACAGCUUGCAGAAAGAGCAGAAGAUGAGCCAGAUAAAAGAGGAGUAUCUUCUGCAGCAUUGUUCCUGUGGAGCUGCCAGUGUCUUCCUCAACUCAUAUCAAGAUGUGAAGACAAUUUUUGCUGGGAGGAGCAGACCUCAUAGCCUCUUGGUUCAGACAGGAAACCCUUCUGAUCUCUCCAUCAUUCCAGAAAUAGGAGCGAACACUGAAAAGCUGAGUGGCUGCAAUGGAAGAGAGAGAUACACAGAUUCAGGAAACAGCCAGCCAACAGUUGGACUCAGGAAGUCAUCAAACAAUAAGAACAACAAGGAGAAUGAGUUCAGAGAAGCUGGUAGUAUGGUUGAGGGAGAAGCUUUUCCAUCAAAGGACCCUGCAUUAAGAAAGGUUGAGAACCAUGCUUGGGGGAGAAUGAGAGAUCUUAUGAGAAAGACACGGCUGAGAAACCAGAACAAGCUGGGGCUGUCCUCCACUGCUCUGAAGAGGUCUUGCCCACAGUUGUACAGGCCCGAUAUUACAUCUUCAGAGCUGAGGAAAACAGAGAGGAACUCCAUGAUUGCUCUGGGGCAAAAUACAAAGAAUGAAAACAUAUGGCCUUUCUGAUAACCCAAGUCAGAUGGAACAAGAAAGGCAAAGUGGCAACACCAAUGGACACAAAACCAAGAACCCCAGGGUUCAAUCUGCAUUCUACAGUUGUCAACAAAGCAGCUCCAGUUUGAGCAUUGAAAGGGAAAGAGGGAAGGGGGAGGUUGAAAAGGGUGUGUGGACAGAUGCAUGCUCAGCUAUGUACAGCUUUGCUCCCAAAUAUAAAGUAUACUUAUAGAAGUCCUGCCAUAGCUUAAAACUGCUGUUGUAACCUAUGGGCAGUAUAAACAACGGAGACUUUGAAGUAAGAUUUGGAAAUUCUUCCUCCUCUAAGUUAGGAACAGAAUUACCUGAAACGUUAAACCUUUUAAGUUAUCAUUGCUUUCUGGGGACCUUCACCAACUGAAACUCAAGAUUUAUGGGACACAACAGCAUUUAGAGGAGUGCCAGGCACUCCUUGCCUGGUGCAAAAGUGGCUGUUGAAAGGACAGCCUCCUGCCACGGGGGGGGGGGGGUGG